AUGUGUUUGCUGUCAACGGACCCCCUAUCUUGUCCUUGCGGACCCCCUGUGGUCCGCAGACUACAGCUGUCUCUCUCUUUACCAUUUUCUUUUCCUCUCUUUUCUCUUUGCCAUUUUCUUUUCCUCUCUUUUCUUUUUGCCAUUUUCUUUUCCUCUCUUUGCCAUUUUCUUUUCCUCUCUUUGCCAUUUUCUUUUCCUCUCUUUGCCAUUUUCUUUUCCUCUCUUUGCCAUUUUCUUUUCCUCUCUUUGCCAUUUUCUUUUCCUCUCUUUGCCAUUUUUUUCUUUUCCUCAUUUUUUUCCUCUCUUUGCCAUUUUCUUUUCCUCUCUUUGCCAUUUUCUUUUCCUCUCUUUGCCAUUUUUUUUUUCCUCUUUCUUUUGCCAUUUUCUUUUCCUCUCUUUGCCAUUUUCUUUUCCUCUCUUUGCCAUUUCUUUUCCUCUCUUUUGCCAUUUUUUCCUCUUUUCUCUUUGCCUCUCUUUUCAUUUUCUCUUUUUGCCAUUUCUUUUCCUCUCUUUACUUUCUCUUUUUGCCAUUUUCUUUUCUCUUUUGCCAUUUUCUUUUCCUCUCUUUUCUUUCUCUCUCUUUUCUUUUCCUCUCUUUCUCUCUUUUCUCUUUCUCUCUUUUCUCUUUCUCUCUUUUCUCUUUCUCUCUUUUCUCUUUCUCUCUUUUCUCUUUCUCUCUUUUCUUUCUCUCUCUUUUCUUUUCUCUCUCUUUUCUUUUCUCUCUCUUUUCUCUUCUCUCUCUUCUCUCUCUUCUCUCUCUUCUCUUUCCUCUCUUUUCUCUUUUCCUCUCUUUUCUCUUUUCCUCUCUUUUCUCUUUUCCUCUCUUUUCUCUUUGCUUUUCCUCUCUUUUCUCUUUGCUUUUCCUCUCUUUUCUCUUUGCUUUUCCUCUCUUUUCUCUUUGCUUUUCCUCUCUUUUCUCUUUGCUUUUCCUCUCUUUCUUUAUUUGCUCUAUCUUAUUUUACUCACUUUAUAUUUAAUACAUUUACUAUAACCUUUCUCUUUUCAUUAAACUAG